AUGUGCAAACAUCAUGGCAAACGCCAGAAUCUGAACGUGCCUGAGUGGCUUCAACGGGAGUGGAAGAAUGGAGACAAGAAUGAGAUAUCUGACGUCCUUCGAGAGUGCAACUUCUCCAAGGAGGUGUUUAUCUCUACUAUGCAGACCAUCAUCUCGAAGAAGCAAUCCAUGCGAAUCAAGAAGGAGGAGGGCUGGUACUCCGAGGGCGAGAUGAAAAAUGACUUGGGAUGGUCCACGUCAAAGAUUGCUGGUGCAAAGACCCGUUGCCUUGCCAUGCCGGAGACCCAUGUCAGGCCAUAG